GGGCGGGGCCCCGGCGUCCCAGGCGGCUGCGGGCGGCGGCGCGGAGGCGUUAGGAAGUGCUACUGCGGGCCCGCUUUUUGUUUCCUUUUUUUUUUUUUUUCCUCCGCUCAUCUCCAAAAGCGGACGGUGCAAGGGCAGGGAGACGACCUGACCCACCUACUGUUCCCCAAGACAGUGGCUAGGCGGGCUUCCAUCCUUCCCUGGACCCCUCCCAUUAAAGUGGGUUCAGGAUACGCCUGUUUGGACGAUUCUCCCCUAUGAGGAAUGAUGGGGUUUAGCCGGUUUGAAGUGGGAGAGCCCUGAAGGAGCCCGGGGGUCCACCCACGAGGAACGCCUUUUUCAUGCCCCUUGGCGUGCAGCCUGACAGUUCUGGGAACCCAGAGUUGAGCCCACUCCCAUCCCUUCCCCUACCCCCCACCCCCGAGUCGGGAUGCCGGCCUGUGAACAGCUUCCGGCCCUGGUAGUUUCCCCCACGUUAGACGCCUUGCUUUCUGUGUCGCCUAGGUCCUAGGCCCACGGCCGUAGAGCCUUUUGGGGAAGCUGGAUGCCAAAGCCCAGCCCGAUGCAGUCUGAAUCCAGCCCGUGUGAAGAGGAGACCCCUGCCCUCCUGUGGGGUUUGGAUCCUGUGUUUCUGGCCUUUGCAAAGCUCUACAUCAGGGAUAUCCUGGCCAUGAAGGAGUCCCACCAGGUGCCAGGUAUAUUUUUCUACAAUGGGCAUCCAAUAAAACAAGUAGAUAUCUUGGGAACUGUCAUUGGAGUGAGAGAAAAAGAUACUUUCUACAGUUAUGGCGCUGCAGCUGCUCCAAGUUCAUCAAGAGAGCUGAGCUUAACCUCUCAGUUUAAGAAGCUGCAAGAGACUAUUGAGCAAAAAACCAAGAUAGAAAUUGGGGACAUUGUCCGAAUCAGAGGCUAUGUUCGCACGUACCGGGAAGAGCGAGAAAUUCAUGCCACUGCUUAUUAUAAAGUAGAUGACCCAGUGUGGAACAUUCAGAUCUCAAGGAUGCAGGAGCUGCCCGGUAUGUACAGGAGAGUCUAUGACCAGCCUUUCCGCAGCCCAGCCCUGGAGAAAGAAGAGGCACUGAGCAAUCCAGGCACCCUGGACCUUGCCCAUCUCACAUGUUUGCUGAGUGAAAAAGUCAAAGAAUUCCUUGAGGAGAACAGAGUGCCAAGCUUUUACCAGCAGGAGUUGGAAACGGUGGAGUCUUUGCUGGCCCUUGCCAAUCAGCCCGUGAUUCACAGCGCCUGCUCUGACCAAGUGGAUUGUAAGGACACCACUUCCAAGGCAAUUCACAGCAUAUUUAAGAAUGCUAUACAGCUACUGCAAGAGAAAGGCCUUGUUUUCCAGAGAAAUGGAGGUUUUGAUAACCUGUACUAUGUAACCAGAGAAGACAAGGACCUGCAUAGAAAGAUCCACCAGAUCAUCCAGGAAGACUGCCAGAAACCACACUUCGUGGAGAAGGGCUGCCACUUGCGGCACAUCCUGGCCUGCGCUCGCCUGAGCCUCCGCCCGGACCUGAGUGAGGCUGUGCUGCAGCAGGUGCUGGAGCUGCUGGAGGACCAGAGCGACGUGGUCAGCACGCUGGAGCACUACUACGUGGCGUUCUGAGCAGAGGUGCGGCGGCUCACAGGCCCACCGGCCAGCAGGAGGCAGAUGUGGACAGCACCCAGGAGCUUGAUGCACUCGGUAAAGAUGUGGCCGCUCGGGGAGUGAGAUGCGGCAUAGCUGCUGCUGGCCGCCGUCUGCCUGCUGUCUCCUUGGGGUACAGUGCCUUUGCUCUCAGCCUCGACAUACAAGAAGGCCCUCCCCAUCGACCUCCUGGCUGGACUGGGCCCCAUUCCCAGAGCAGAACCUGGAGGAGACUGUGCUGGUGGUGUCCUCGGGGUGUUUGUGGUCUGAGGCUCUGCUGUGGUCAAGGGACGUCAUGGGGCAGAGGCCUACAUGCUGUGAGAGCUGAAGAGCGGGAGGCCAGAUCCACCGUCUCUUUCGGAGGUCCGUUCCUGUGGGCCUCUGGUGGUGGCUCAGAGCCCGCCUCGGGGAGCAGCUGUCCCGAGAGGAGUGUCUGUGGCUCAGGCUCAGCCGUGGGGCCUGCAGUGAUGCGUGCCUGACGGUGGCCGAGGGUGGCACCAGCAGCCUGGCGGGCAGGAGGUGUUAUUUUCAAGGCUGCUGCUGAGUGUGCAGGGCAGGCUGGCACCGUAAAGACGCAGGCGGGACCUGCCUGGACAGGCGGCGGAGUCCUGCCUCCGCUGGGAAGAGCCGGGCGAGGGGAAACAGCAGAGCGCUGCCUCAGACCUGUUCCCACAGCGGCGUGCUAAACCCGCCAGCAAAAGCGUCGUGUGCAGAAGGAUUCGGAGUUAAUCACAAUCAUUUCACAUCUGCCUUCGUCUGCUGCUGUGGCUCGUGACGUAAGAGACUGUUGGUGGUUCCGCUGGAGCUCCAGCAGCCUGGAGGGCUGCUCUGUCCGGAGUGGAAAUGGGACGUCGUUACCCUCAGAAGCCAGCUGCGGCCCGCAGACGGCAGGCUGGGAGCGCAUCCUGGCACGGUGCUUCCUGUCGCGGGCCUUGCUGAUGGGACCCAGACCUUUGGCGAUUUCUCACAACGCCUGUGCAGACAGCUUCCCCGUGGUCAGAGGGUCCCUGGCAGAGAGAGUCUGCCUGCAGUGACAUCCCAGCAGUCCUUCUGCCUUGCAUAUUGAAUCCAUCUUUGACUGGCAGUGCUGCCCAGGAAGGAGUCUGGAAUCAAAACGUUGGCAGUGCAAGUCCUCGCACCGGGGGUCUGUCUCAAGGAGGUGACCUCACUCGUGGGAAAGGACGCCCCUUCUGCGUGAUCCCGAGUCCUGAAGCAGGGACGGUACUGACUGUAGGGAGAAGUUGUUUGUGACCCAUGUAUGUGAUGAAAUACGACACAGCCUUAAAGGAUGGGAAACGCAGCUCCUAGUGCCAGGGAGCGCUGUUCCCAGUGCGUUUAGCAGGAAGCACGUCAAGUUCUCGAUCUGUACAUGGGUGUGGGGCAUUUGCGUGUGCGUGUGUGUGUGCGUGCUUGUUGGGGAGCAUGCCGGAGCGUGUUUGUUGCUACAGCUGUCACACAUACAUGCAUACAUGCGGUUGACUUUGGCCCCCUCCUGAAAGUGCUUGUUUCACUUGGCUCUGCUGCCACUUCUUAGUUUCCUUUGCUUGGGACUCAGCCCCAGACCUCUUUUCUGUCUGGUUUGCUCCCAUAGGAGGCUCACACAGCCAUGUGGGUUCUCCCAUGUAUAUGCCGGGAACUCCCAGUUUGUACCCAGAUUGGGCCUCUCCCCUGGCCAUCAGAGCCUUCUGUCCAGCUUCCUCCUGACGUUUCCACUGAGUGUCUAAGAAACGUCACGGGCUUCCUGUGCCCAAAGCCAGGCUUCCCUGUCCCGCCAGUCCACACCUGCUCUUUCUGGUUCCCUUCUGAUUCAGGGAGAGGCAGCUCCAUUCUCCAGUUCUCAGACCAAAGCUGUUGACUUCAGUCUCUCCCAGCCCACAUCCAGUCUGUCUGCAGAUCCUCUCGACCUGACUCACAGUGUUUCUAGACUGACCGCGUUGCACGCUGCCACUGUGUCCCCGGAUCAUCACAGUCCCCUCCUCGGGUCCCUCUUGCUUCCACUCUCACCCAUCAGUCUGUUCUCAGCACAGCAGCUGCAGUGACUGACCAGGCUGCAGCUCUCGCAGCUUCUGGUCUCGUGCCAGGUGGGAGCCCGAGGCAACCCGGUGCUCUGCGAGGCUCUGCCUGGCUUCUGCUUCUGCUGUGCCCUCUCCCAGCCCAGUCAGCCUCAGCACUUUCCCACCUCAGGGCCUUUGCACUCCCUGUGUCCUUUGCCUAGAAUGUUCCCCACCCAGAGAGCUAUGCUGUGCCUCCUUGCUCUGUGUGGAGCCUCUGUCCAGCAUCACCUCCCUGAGGUCUGCUGGCACCGGGCUUGCUGAUUCUAACGAACUCUUCCCCUCCCCAGCACUGCCUUCCCUGCCCAAUUCUCCCCAUGGCCCCUGGGCCUGCCCCCCGCACUCCCUCCGUGGGUUUCUGUGCUGCCCUGCCCUGGUUGUCAUUGUCUCCCCAGCAAAAAGCGUGCUCCACGAGGGCAGAGCACCCCCUCUAGUGCUUCCUUCUGUGUCCCAGCACCCAGAGCCAGGCCUGGCACAGUUUCCCAGCAGCGCCACGCCUGCGUGUGGCCGGCUGCUUUCCAGCUGCUGGUGUCUGCCUCUUUCCUGGGGCUCUCUCUGGCAAACUGGGGACAGGGGGCUGUUCCAGCUGGAAGUGCUCAGAAUUAGUGCCCCCUAGGAGCAGCCUGGACCAGUGGCACCAAGCCUGUGACUACUCCAGCUCCCACACCCUACAGGUGGGAGGUCCUGAGGCCCAUGGGCUUUCCUGGUUCCCGGCCUUCUCCCUUAUUCUUCAGCUGCUGCUGCACUCCCUAAAUGCCCAAACAGCCGGGACUGGGCUGGGCCAGAGCCAGGAGCCAGGAACUCAGUCUGGGCCUCUCGUGUGAGUGGCAGGAACCCAAGCCCUUGGGCCAUCUCUUACCCAGGUGCAUUAGCAGGAAGUUGGGUUGGAAGUGGCGGUGGGGCUGGAUCUCAGGUCCUCUGAAUGAUGCUGGACUGCAGGUGUUCCGAGCUGCAGCUUCACUCACUGUGCCUCGUCGCCUGUCCUGGCAGAUGCUCUUUAAACUGCACCUGAGCUUUGGUGUUGGUGUGAGUAGCUAGUGUCAGUUCUAGCUGACAUCCCCCAGCCACUUCUCACUCACCCCAUGCUCACAGUCUGAAUCCUGACCUAACCAAGCAGGCCUCUUGCUCACACAGCGGCAUGAGAACUCACAGGGGCUGACCACAGGCCACUGUCGUGCUGAAGACCAGCCCCAGGGCUCCCCUGCAAAGGCACCUCUGGCUGUCCCGGUGUACACGUUUCUGGAGGUGCAGACCCAUGUGCAGUGUCUGUCGAGCCUCUACCCGGUCGAGGAUUGGCUGGAAGAUGCACGCGUGUUGCCACAUGGUAAGCCACCAGCGCUUCUCGUCCCUGUGAGACACUUCUUUCUAAUUAUCUCCCCUCUGAUGCCGUGCCAGGACACUGGCGGGGAGAAAGCCAAGUGGGGAGAAGUCUGUUCAAAGACGAGGAACCCAGACUUGGUGCCAAGGGUUGAGCCAAGCAAACUGGUAAUUUUCCGUUGGCGAGAGCGUCUGUGCUUUCCCGUGAGAGCAGUUCCUUCUCCGCAGGCGGCCUCCCGAGCAGUCGUCCCAAAGGAGCUCGUCGCUUCUCCACUCUCCGCGAGGCACGGGCAGACUCAGACCGUGACGAGGUCGGGGGCCGCUGGCACUGGGAAGUAGUGGUGAUGUUUGUGCAGCCGUGAAUAUACUCAAAACCACUGAGCUGGCUGGACUCCCUCACGUGGUGGUGGGAUUUCCCGGGCUGUGAGCUAGAGGGCAGCACCGACAGCCAUGCUGUGUGUAGCUCCAGAAGCCAGCGUCACUUCGAGGCUGUCACAAAGGAGCCUCAUGCAGGUCCAAGAAGAGAGGAAUAAGCACCUCCUGGUGGGUGACAAGGUCUAGAGGGCCCAUCGGAUCAGGAAAGUUGCUGUGGCCACUGUGGAAAAUAUGACACAGACAUCUUUCAGUGGUUACAUACGUAUACCACCAUUUUUUAAAGACGUAAUACCAAAAGAUACAAAGGGGGGAAAUACAUCUACCUGUGCAUUUACUAAAGAGCACAUGCAUUUG